AUGUCCGGUAUAGGUCAGUUUCUCAACGAGGAUCAAGUUCGCGUGGUCAACUCUGUUCUUGAUGGCGAGUUCGAGACGUUCAUCCGGACGACGGAUCCCCAUUUCACGGGUUUCGGUGCUGUCAGCCAGUGGGUGGCGAUGCGCAGGAGAGACCUUCUCGACAAUCAUCCACUCUUCGAGACGCAUGUCCAGGAGGAGAGGCGGGCGUACAAGUCGGGCAUCGACUUCCGGUUUCGAGACUUUUACCAGUGUCUCAGA